UUGUGCGACGAAAUGCACGAUAUUACUGUGAUACUGUGGUGCACAAGAUAAAAGUGUGUGCAUGUACGCAUACACUCGUCUAAAUUUGUCCCAGAUGCUCUCCCGUUGUGCGUUCAAUGUGCUGCACCAUGGACGAGACGCGUUUUCCUUCUCGAAUAAUGACGCCACCAGACCAAGUGCUUGUUUGCUUGCCCGGUCAGCGUCUAUGCCCCAGCAACAAGAAGCAUUUAUCUGGCCAAGGCACUUAUGAAAAACAAGGCUAUAUCUAUUCCCAACUAACUGGACUUGUAAAAAUAAACAAGAAUGAGGAUGGAGCAGAGAUUAUUGAAGUUCAUAGCGUGUCGGAUCAAGGCCUGGUGCCACAACAGGAUGAUAUUGUAACAGCUCAGGUUGUAACAAUUAAUCAACAAAUGGCAAGGUGCGCCAUCAAGUGCAUUGAUGAUGUAGUUUUAUCACGAUCAUAUAGAGCCAUAUUAAGAAAGGAAGAUGUAAGGGCACAGGAAAAGGACAAGGUUGAAAUCUAUAACAGUGUGAGGCCUGGAGACAUUAUUUUAGCUAGAGUGUUGCCUAUAACUGAAGCUCACACAUAUCAACUUACUACUGCAGAGAAUGAACUGGGUGUUGUGAUUGCUCAUAGUGAUGCUGGCCAUCCAAUGAUUCCUAUCAGUUGGACUGAAAUGCAGUGUACUAAAACAUAUAUUAAACAACCAAGGAAAGUAGCUAAGGUGGUGCCUGAAAAUUACCAACAAGCUGUGACAAAAUGAUUUUGUUUAUAAAUAUAUUGUAUAACUUGGUAAACUUUA